AUGCCUACUCCCAUCGUCUUCGCUUCGGCCCCAGCGGCAACCCUCUUCCAGUUUCCUCCGUACCCAGCGCCGGAAUCGAUCCCACCACCACACUUCGGCCUCCCUUUCACGAUCCCCGACAGCUGGUUCGUGGCGGCAUUGGACCCCAAGGUCCCCAUCACUAUUGCAACCGUCUACGCCGUAUCGGCCAAGGCCCUCAAUGCCUACAACAGGUCCACGGGCAAGAAGCCAUGGGCCAUCAGCAAGACCCGCGCCUUCAAGAUCUUUGUCGUCCUGCACAACGUCUUCCUCGCCGUAUAUUCUGCUUGGACCUGGUACGGCAUGUUCAACGCGCUCCGCAAGUCCAUCGCCAGCCCGGCGGGACCCAAUGGGUGGGCUGGCACCGUCGACAGCUUCUGCAAGUUCCACGGGCCUGCAGGUCUGGGAAAUGGGCAAACCUACAACGAAGUAUCAGGGACAUGGGAGUCGCCUUCAGGAGCAGGAAUGUUGACCGCAGAGGGCACCCCUAGCCGAGUCCAGGGGGGAAGACUCUGGAACGAGGGUCUCGCUUUCUAUGGCUGGCUGUUCUACCUCAGCAAGUUCUACGAGGUUCUCGAUACUCUCAUCAUCCUUGCCAAGGGCAAGUUCAGCUCAACCCUCCAGACCUACCAUCACGCCGGUGCUAUGAUGGCCAUGUGGGCUGGCAUGCGCUACAUGUCAGCGCCCAUCUGGAUCUUUGUCUUCUUCAACUCGGCUAUCCACGCGCUCAUGUACACUUACUACACUGUGACUGCCUUCAACGUCCGCGUACCGAACGCAAUCAAGCGUUCCCUCACCUCGCUCCAAAUCUCGCAAUUCAUCAUUGGUGGUUCCAGCGCCAUGGUGCACUCCUUCAUCUCCUACCUGAUCCCAGUCCAGAGCAAGGUUUCCACUGCCGAUGCUGCAGCAGCUGCGUCGAGCAUCGCCUCUGCUGCCCACAGCUCUGCCACUGCUACCGGCUUCCUCGAUGGCCUCAAACACACUUUCUUUGGCGCCGCUGAAGCUGCUGGCGCUGGUGUUGUGGUGUCUGCAUCCGGCGCCGACCCUGCGCAGCCAGAUGUCAGCUACGUGACCCGGUAUCAGAAAAUUGACUGCGUCACUACCUCUGGUGAAACCUUCGCCAUCUGGUUGAACGUUUUCUACCUUGCCCCGCUUACGUAUCUCUUCGCCUCGUUCUUCGUCACGAGCUAUAUGCGACGGAGCAAGGCUGAGGUCGUGCGUGCGAAGUCUGGUUCCAAGAGACGACAGAGCGAACUUGCCCUGGCUGAGAAGGCCAGCUGGGAUGCAGCCAAGGGAGUUGAGCGUGAGGUGUAUGGUGCGAGCAAUGGCGAUGUCAUCAUUGAGGAUAGUGAUGAGUCGAACGGCAGCGAGAAGGCUCAGCCGUUAAAGACGAUGACCAACGGGGUCAAGCCUAAGGCCAAGGCGAAUGGCAAGGCCAAUGGGAAGAAACACUGA